ACCGCACAACGGUCACAACAAAGAUGGCGGCUGCAGAGGCAGGAGGGACCGGCCGAAUUUUCUUGAUUUUAGUCGUUUUUCUUUUUAGUUCGUGUGAAAGUUUGUUCAGCGGAGGAGAUUCUUACAAAAGAGAGCUGACUCUGAAGUUGUACCCGAACUCGACGCCCUCUGGCGGUGAGCUCCUUCACGUGAGCGCUGUGGGCGGAAACGACACGUUGCACUUUCUCUUCUGCAGCCAGGGGGCGCCAACACUGCUGCUCGUUCACACCAACUCUUCUUCAUCUACUGUCAAGGUGAAGUGGCCUGAGUUUUUGGCUCGUAAUACCAGCGGCAGCCUGACGGUGGAGCCGCAGAGCAGCAUCCUGUACAGUACCGCCAUUGUCUUCAGCCGGCUGUUGGAGUACAAUGAUGAAAAUGACACGGCUGAGGCGAAAUCCAACUUCUUCCCCGCCUACGAGCUGAAGGACUUCAUCUGGACUCCGAUGAACCUGUCAGAAUCCACCGCGACGGUGUGCGGAUCUCCCACACGGUCCGGCAACGGGUCGCUCUGCCUGCAGUUGUCUGUGUUUGGCUCAGAGGGGCGUGUCGACCUCUGGCCCCGCCUCCUCCAUUCUGCUAACUCCUCCCAGUUGGAGGUGUGGCUUAACGGCCUGCCGCCCCGCUCCAAUAUGUCCAGGUUCGUGUUGGAGCUGCAGGCGGUGGGCGGGGCUUAUCCACUGAGCAGAGUGAACGUUCACCAGUUCAUCGACGACGAGUACACACCUUCGAUAUUCCAGAUGUCUCAGUGGGUGUCUUCACCGAACAACGGCUCAGACGUCCUGGGUUUCGCCCAGUGGAAGCCAGUGGCGUACCGGACGUCCCACGCGACCCUGGAGGACGCAACGCCGUGCCGUAACUCCGACCCACAGCAGCAAAACGGGAACUCGACGUCAGCUUCAUCGGCUCUGAUUAAAGCUUUUUACUCCGACCCAGCAGCCAUGGGGUUGAACGUUAGCUUCGGCAUAGCUGGAGAGCCUUACUACAACAGCACCAUGUUCCUCAGCUGGACGAUGCUGGUGGGCGUCGGCUCCCCUCCGGUGGACUCCUUCUCCCCAAUGGUGAUCGGCAUCUUAACGGCUGGUCUGGGGAUUCCCAUCCUCCUCCUGCUGGGGGGCGGAGUUUACAUCUUAAUCGCGAAGAAGCGGGAAUCCUCAGGCUACGAGCCAAUCAACUGACAGCAUAGUCCGGGCCAAUGAGAUGUUGAGACUCUUUUUAAGUUUCGGAUGACAUCACUGAUGAUUCAGCCAAUCGAGAAGCAGUUAGGUUAACAUUUCAGCGAUAGCUCACGUUAGUUUCAGUCAGUAGACUAAAUUAGCAGCAAGCAGAAAAUUGUUUUAAUUAGAAACACUGAGCAUGAGCGAGAUUUAAAAGCAUUUAUUGUAUAUAAAUGAAAUCUAAUUUCAUUCUUUUUAUAAAAAUGUAUAGAUAUUUCAUAUAAUGUUGAGAUUUUAAGGCUUUUACUUUGUAUCUCAGGUUUGAAAGUAGCUUUCUACUUUAAGCUACUACAACAUAUUUAUUUUAUUACAUAUUUUUUUCUUUGGUUUUUAUAAACCUGGAGGAAACGUUGCUUACACAGCAAAAACACAAAAAUAUAAAAUAUUUUUAGUGUAGUUUCUAGUGCAAAAAUAUGACUACAUUUGAAGUAAGACUAAACUUACAAGUAACUUUAGCAAGACGUAGGAGUUUGUUUUAAUUGAAUAAUUAUUUAAUAUGGAUAAAAAACUACGAGUUGCAAGGAAUUUUUGACUUAAAACAAGUUUCUGUAUCUCAUUAAAAAGUUACUUGUAAGUUAGUUUUGUCUUAUUUCAAGUGGUACGAAGAUAUUUGUACCAGAAAUACUUGAUAACAUUUUGUUACCGUUGCAUCUCAGUUCAGAUAAAUGUACCUAAAUUAUUGUUGGUUUGAGCCUGAACAUCACAUGUUCUGACCUAAACUGCAUUAACCAAUCAGGACUCACCAUGAAAUCACCAAGAAUUUAUUUAGGACAUCAACACAAACCUCAUUGUGAGCUUUAAUGCUUUUUUUUUUUUUAAUUAAUCUUUGUAUUUUAAAGAUUUAAUGUUAAAUUCAAGAUUUUGUUUAUUUGAUGUGGAGCCGCUUAGCAGCUUGGUGUCCAAAAAGCUUUUCUACAAUAAAAAGUGCAAUGUGUUA